AUGAGGAAAGGAGCCAAGAGAAAGGGUGGUCGCAAAGCUGCUGUUGCGGCGAGUCAAGACGAUGAGGUGAUUGCUGAGUCUCUGGAGGCGUCGACGCAGGAGGAGACUCAACCGCCUCAGGAAGAAGUCGUCGAUGAGAACGGUGGAGAAGCGGCGAAGGAAAAUCUGGAGGACGGAGAAAAAGACGAACCGGCGAAACCUGAUUCCUUAACGCAGGACGACGAUGAGGUCAAAGACGAUGAGGUCAUAGACGAUUCUCCUUCUCAGAAGCAGGAAGAAGAAAAGGCCGAGGAAGUGAUUGAGGAUAAGAAGAAACCUGCUCGUCGUGGUGGUAAGCGAAAGAGGGGUAAGAAGAAGGAAACUGAGAAGAACGAUGAGAAGAAACCUGCUCCGAGAGCUAAGAAAGCCCGAGUGACCAAACCAAAGGAAGAGCCUGAGUAUUUCGAGGACGAACGUAAUCUGGAGGGUUUGUGGAAGGCUGCAUUUCCUGUGGGAACUGAGUGGGACCAGUUAGAUUCACUGUAUGAAUUCAAGUGGGAUUUCAGAAAUCUGGAAGAAGCAUUGGAGGAAGGAGGAAAGCUUUACGGGAAGAAAGUCUUUCUUUUUGGCUCUGCAGAACCUCAGUUAGUCCCCAUCAAAGACAUAAACAAGAUUGUCCAUGUCCCAGCAGUGGUUGCUGUUGAAUCACCCUUUCCUCCUUCGGAUAAGAUAGGAAUCACAUCGGUUCAGAAAGAAGUGGAGGAAAUCAUUCCAAUGAAGAAGAUGAAAAUGGAAUGGGUUCCGUACAUUCCGUUGGAAAAAAGAGAUAGACAAGUUGAUAGGAUGAACUUUCAGAUUUAUAUCUUGUGCUGUACACAGAGGAGAGCUGCUCUCAGACGUAUGAAGGAAGAUCAGGUUAAGAAGUUCGAGUAUUGCCUUCCUUAUUUCUAUCAUCCAUUUAGGGAAGAUGAACUUGAACAAAGUACUGAGGUCCAGAUUAUGUUCCCCUCUGAACCGCCGGUUGUAUGUGAAUUUGACUGGGAGUUUGACGAUCUUGAGGAAUUUGUCGAUAAACUGAUUGAAGAGGAAGCAUUAGCUGCUGAACAAAAGGAUGAAUUCAAAGAAUACGUUAAAGAGCAAGUACGAGCAGCAAAGAAAGCUAAUCGAGAGGCUAGAGAUGCUCGAAGGAAAACAAUAGAAGAAAUGAGCGAAGAAACUAAGCAAGGCUUUCAAAGCAUGAAGUUCUACAAAUUCUACCCUAAGCCUUCACCAGACGUCCCUACAUUCAUGCAGUCGAAGUUCAUCAACCGGUACUACGGGAAUGCUCAUGAAAUCCUUUGA